AUGUCAGAUUCUUUUAGUCCAGAGGUGGAAGCCAUUUCCUGCAGGGGCUUUUGUCUUACCUCUCCUGAACUGUCAGGACUGGAUGUAGUUCAUGUAGAUCACUACCUGGUGAUCUUCUGCUGUCUGAUGAGCCAAGGCUUGGCCUGCAUCUUCAAGAGUUUAUGCUUUCCUUACCUCACUCCAGUUUCCUUUGAUACCUUGACCAUUGCUUCUAGUCAACAAGAAACCAUCUUAUGGAUGAAGCUAUAUGUAAAGAUCUUCAUGAAGACUCUGUCCAGCAAGACCAUCACCCUGGAAGUGGAGCCCAGUGACACCAUCAAGAGGGUGAAGGCCAAGAUCCAGGAUAAAGAGGGCAUCCCACCUGACCAGCAAUGUCUCAUCUUUGCAGGCAAGCAGCUGGAAGAUGGCUGCACCCUCUCUGAUUACAACAUCCAGAAAGAGUCGAUCAUGUACCUGGUCCUCCGUCUGAGGGGCGGCCUUUAAUAUUUCAUUAAGACCCUGUCCGGCAAGACCAUCACCCUGGAAGUAGAGCCCGGUGACACCAUCAAGAGUGUGAAGGUCAAGAUCCAGGAUAAAGAGGGCAUCCCACCUGACCAGCAAUGUCUCAUCUUUGCAGGCAAGCAGCUGGAAGAUGGCUGUACCCUCUCUGAUUACAACAUCCAGAAAGAGUCGACCGUGUACCUGGUCCUCCGUCUGAGGGGCGGCCUUUAACUUUUCAUUCUGCAUUCCCAGUGGGCUGUGAUGAUAUUAC